AUGGGCGGCAUCAAUUCUGUAGCCAUUCGAUCCACUCCUCACGACGACGACGGAAAGCUUGAUCUCGAGAAUAACUACAACAACAACAACAGCAACUUCCAUUCGAGAGCUCUCGAGGGUGAAGAAGCAGAACGAGCCUUACAGAGAGCUCUCUUCAUUGGCACCACCAACACCAGCACCAACAGCACCACCACUACUGAUUCAUCACCAGCACCACCACACCACCACACCCACCGAUCAGGAUCUGUUGCUUCUGAGGGAUCACCCAAAUCCAUUCCAAUUUGGCUCGACAACACAACCACUUGUUACUUUCCGAACCGUAACAAUAAGAGAUCUUCCUUUCUUCCUCAACAACGAUCUUUUUGCACCACCAAAUCCACGCAGAAACCAGCACUUUUAUGUAAACGAGAAUCAGAGUCCACAUUGAAAUCAUCCGUGGAGUCCACCUUCAAUACGGAUUCCAUCUCUCUGAAUGGCUCGAAACGAAGUCAUUCUGCUAUUGGUCUCUCACUCUAUGAAAAGUCAUUACUCACAAGGGAAUUGAAAGCGAGUAUGAAUGAUCACUUUCAACCACAAAAACAACAAAUGGUUGAAUCGGCCUCCAUGUUACACUCAUCGGUUUCAACGUCCUCAUUCCUUUCUUCGAGUGAUCACAAUAGAAACAGUCCUAAGAAAGCAGCUAAGAAUAAUGGUGUUGUUUCAACCCAACAAGGAGAUUCAUGUGCAGAUGACUUGUACGAUUAUGGCAAAUCUGAAAAGAAUCAACGAAACUUUCGAUCUCAAUCACUUCCAAAUACGAAUACAGAACCUGGGUCUCCCAUUCGACCAAUGAAGAAGGUUAACUCAGAUAAUUUCGGUUGUGACUUCCUUCCCAUCAUUGUCACACCUCCACCCUCUUCACCUGAACUCACUUCGUCAACGCCACCUUUUCGAUCCGUGAGUCAAGAAUUGCAACAAGCCAAGAGAGAAAACGAGCUCGACGAAAGAAGAAAUUACUCGAGCAACAAUUAA